CAAACUAGUGAAAGGAAAACUCGUCUCUGUAGGAGAUUGCAAGAAAAACGAUGGAUUCGAGAUUGCCAAACUGAUUAAAGAAAGUCUCGCAAAUAAGCAACAAUAUAAGUGUGACGUCACAUACAAGAAAAAAUGCUUCCGAGCAGUUGUGUAUGAUGCAAGGAACGUUACCUUCAACGAUGCCAAAGCAAUCUGCAAAUCAAUGAACGGAAAACCCGCGAAUAUUUACGACCUCAAGCAUUACCAGCUGCUGCUCCCUUAUCUUCGUUCACUGAUGCCUGCUGGUCAGAAAUGGAUUGGCAUCUGGACUGGGAUAGAAUAUAAGAACAAUCAACUUUUGCUGUCUGGUGGAAAACCCAUCACUAUUGCAACAGAAGUCUGGUAUCCUAGUUUUCCGGUAUCCGAUGCAUCGUGGAAUAAUGUUGGUGUUUACGUCAAUAAAGAUCCAGAGGAUGCAAUUCAGGGAAUGUUCAAUAUUGCACCAUCCUAUAAUCGCAACGGUGUCAUCUGUGAAAUAUAAUACCAGCUCAAAACCUGACAGAACUUCGUUGACGGAUUCAAUGAUGUAACGACUAAAACAGUUAAAUGACUUUGUUGUUAUCUAUAUCAGUGGUUCCCAAACUUUUUGUACCAUCGCCCCCCUACAGUAGUUUAUACAAGUUCAUCACCCCCCGGCACUGCGAAAAAAAUGUAAAAUCUGAAACGAAUAUAUUACAGACCAAAUAAGAAGACAAAUCAUAGUUUAUAGUAUUUUUUAAUGAGAUGGAUGAGCUUGUUGUUCUUCAGCGAGUUUUUUAU